ACGCACCGGCUGCGGGUCUGCGCGUUCCGGACGCUCCUUCGCACCUGUGGGACAGGUGAGCCGGGGGCGCGCACGGGCAUCUAUGGGCGGCUGUCUGCGCAGAGCGUGCCCGUGCGUGGAGGCUCUGAGUCUGCGGAUAAGAGGAGACAAACCCGGGGGGGAUGGGGGGGGCGGACCGGAGGAGACCCCGGAGCACGGCCCGGACCCGGUCAAGGACCCGGUCAGACCCGCGGAGGGCGGCUCCAUCUACACGGCCCUGUGGCCCUUCGAGGCCCGGCACCGGGAGGAGCUGUCCUUCCAGGAGGGGGACCUGUUCCGGGUGGUCAGCCGGACCGGGGACUGGUGGACCGCCCGGAGGAUCGACCAGAACGGAUGCGUCCUGGACACCGGGAUAGUCCCCUACAACUACCUGGAGAGGGCCGAGUCCGUCCGGAUCCAGCCGUGGUUUUUCGGGACCAUGAACCGCUUCGAGGCUCAGAGUCACCUUCUGUCUCCAGGAAACAACCACGGAGCGUUCCUCAUCCGACACAGCGAGAGGGACGACGUGGGAUACGUCCUGUCAGUGAGGUCCAACGCUCAGGUCAAACAUUUUAAGGUUCCUCAGAUGGACGACGGCAGCUUCCGCAUCGAAGCGGCCGGCGCCGGCUUCAGCUCUCUGAUGGACCUGGUGGAACAUUACAGAUCCAACAGCCUGUGCGGGAUCGGACGGCUGGGGAACCCCUGCAAGAGGAAGAAGCCCAGCAUGGCCGACCUGUCCCACUUCACUGUGGACGAGUGGGAGCUGCCGAAGGAGGAGUUCACCCUGGAGGAGGAGCUGGGCAGCGGGUACUUCGCAGACGUCUACAGAGGGCGAUGGAAAAACCACAUCAACGUCGCCAUCAAGAUCAUCAAGAGCGACUCAGAGUUGAACCAUCGUGAGUUUCAGCGGGAGGUUCAGAUCCUCAAGAGUCUUCGCCAUCGUCACCUCAUCUCUCUGUUCGCCGUCUGCACGGCCUCGGCGCCCUAUUACAUCAUCACUGAGCUGAUGGACAAAGGCAGCAUGUUGAACUUCCUACGAGGUGCGGAGGGUCAGCGUCUGGACGUGGUGUCCCUGGUGGACAUGGGUGCCCAGGUGGCUGAUGGGAUGUCGUAUCUGGAGGAGAAGCACAGCAUCCACAGAGACCUGGCAGCUCGGAACGUCCUGGUGGGAGAAGGAUACGUCUGUAAGGUGGCCGACUUUGGACUGGCCCGGGUUAUUAAGGAGCCGUUCUACGUCACUGAGGAUAAGAAGAUCCCGUAUAAGUGGAGUGCCCCCGAGGCCAUCAGCCACGGAAAGUUCUCCAACAAGUCCGACGUCUGGUCCUUCGGCAUUCUGCUGUACGAGAUCAUCACAUACGGAGGCGUUCCCUACCCAGCCUUCAGCAACCAGGAAGUGUACCAGCAGGUCACCAAUGGAUACCGCAUGCCCCUCCCCCCCCGAUGCCCCGCCUUCCUCUACGACAUCAUGUUGAAGUGCUGGAGCGCUGACCCCGCCCACAGGCCGGACUUCAGGAUGCUCCGCCUCCAGCUGGACAGUAGCUCCUAUGAACUGCAGUAACCAUGGCAACUACUGGGGGCGCCACAGGGUCCGAGUCCUGAACCGGAACCAAAGGGUCCAGAACACCGGUAGCUGACGUUCAACUGAGACCAGGACCACCAGGUCAGACCUGUGGACCAGGACCUGGACCUGGAUCUGUGGACCGGGACCCGGAUCUGUAGAUCAGGAUCCUAAUCUUUAAACCAGGACCUGGGUCUGUGAACUGGAACAGGACCCAGAUCUGUGGAUCUGGAUCUGUGGACCAGCACCCAGAUCUGUGGACCUGGACCUGGACCUGGGUCAUAUGUCACUGUUAUACAUGUUUUAAAACUAAUCAAUCAAACUUUAUUUAUAUAGGACUGUUCAUACAAACAGAGUGUAAGACAGGUCUGUGGUCCUCAGGUCUGUGGUCUUCAGGUCUGUGGUCCUCAGGUCUGUGGUCUUCAGGUCUGUGGUCUUUAGGUCUGUGGUCCUCAGGUCUGUGGUCCUCAGGUCUGUGGUCUUCAGGUCUGUGGUCCUCUGGUCUGUGGUCCUCUGGUCUGUGGUCUUCAGGUCUGUGGUCCUCAGGUCUGUGGUCUUCAGGUCUGUGGUCCUCAGGUCUGUGGUCUUCAGGUCUGUGGUCUUUAGGUCUGUGGUCCUCAGGUCUGUGGUCCUCAGGUCUGUGGUCUUCAGGUCUGUGGUCCUCUGGUCUGUGGUCCUCUGGUCUGUGGUCUUCAGGUCUGUGGUCCUCAGGUCUGUGGUCUUCAGGUCUGUGGUCCUCAGGUCUGUGGUCUUCAGGUCUGUGGUCUUUAGGUCUGUGGUCCUCAGGUCUGUGGUCCUCAGGUCUGUGGUCUUCAGGUCUGUGGUCCUCAGGUCUUUGGUCCUCUGGUCUGUGGUCCUCUGGUCUGUGGUCCUCAGGUCUGUGGUCCUCUGGCCUGUGGUCCUCUGGUCUGUGGUCUUCAGGUCUGUGGUCCUCAGGUCUGUGGUCUUCAGGUCUGUGGUCC